GGCAGCUGCCCCCACCCCGUCCGCCCCGCCAUCCCUCCCUCCGCUCCUGGGGGCGGUGCUCUGGCCACCGGCUCAGCUUUGUGGACUUGCCCCCCCACCCUCUCCCCGCCUGUCGGCUCCCCUCUCGAGGGUUGAGGCGCCCUGCCUGACUUCAGCCGCAGGUUCCAACCGGCCGAUCGGGAUUCAGUCCUGAUCCAGCCAUCACCCUGUCCUUCCCUCCUCCUUUCUGGCUGUGACCAGUAACCUUCCCUGCUGCCGGCUUGGACCAAAGGAAGCCUGGGCUUUGCUGGCUCAGUUUACCACGGAACACCCGUGAAGACCAACGUCAUCUCCUCUGAAGGGCUGUGUACCCCCGGGCUGAGAAACUGGACGAAGCCUGUCUGCUGGGCUUGGAUGUGCAACGUUCACUUGUGCUCCCAGAUUCCAGUGUCCUCCUCGGUAGAAUAGAGACGUGGGGAUUAAAUGGUAAUAGACAUAAAGCUCUUAAACAGAGCCUGCCUGGGGUAAGCCCGAUUUGGGUCUUAGAUCCCAAUUACUGUAUUGACACCACCUAUCAGGCCUUCCUAUGUACCAGGCAUGGUGCUAAGCUUCUGGUGUCCAAUCACUUCAUCAAACCCAUUAGCACGAUCUGAGAAGCUGGACCAGCCUCAUUCGAGGGAUGAAAAGGUUGGACUCAGAAAGUCAGUCAGCUGUCCAAGGUCACACAGCAGGGUAUCACAAACCCUACCCAGGGUCUCCGUGCUGUGCUGAGCAGUUGGGACGAUGGUGCCUCGGCGCAAGAAUCUCAUCUGAAGCUUUGUUCCAGAGCCUUGGAGGAGCCACUUCGUGGUCACUACUGGGAGGCUUGGAGAGCCUCCCCCUGGAGACCGAUCAAGAGAAGGAAGGCCAGGAACAGCCAGUCGGCCAAACCCCCAGCUUCACCUGCUGCUCCAGCAGUCCUGUAGCUGAGUGGAGCCUCCAAUCCUGACUUGGCCUUCCCUGGAAAUCUGAUUCAGGGAGGCUCCCAGAAUGUCUGACGCACUGGAGAGGCUGAGCCCAGACUCAAAGAUACUCAACAUGACGGUGGACGAGUGCUUCCAGUCCCGCAACACCGUCCUCCAGGGCCAGCCCUUCGGGGGCAUCCCCACCGUGCUGUUCCUCAACGUGGUCUUGUGGGUGUUCGUCCUUUUGCUUUACUCCUUCCUCCGGAAAGCCGCAUGGGACUAUGGGCGCCUGGCCCUGCUGAUCCACAAUGACAGCUUGACCUCACUGAUCUAUGGGGAGCAGAGUGAGAAGUCGUCUCCCUCGGAGAUUUCCCUGGAGAUGGAACGCAGGGACAAGGGCUUCUGUUCCUGGUUCUUCAACAGCCUAACCAUGAAGGACCAGGACCUGAUCAGCAAGUGCGGGGAUGAUGCACGCAUCUACAUCACGUUCCAGUAUCACUUCAUCAUCUACGUACUGAUCCUCUGCGUCCCCUCCCUGGGCAUCAUUUUGCCCAUCAACUACACCGGAACUGUUCUGGACAGGAACAGCCACUUUGGUCGGACCACCAUCGUCAAUGUCUCCACAGAGAGUAAGCUCCUUUGGGUGCACAGCCUCUUCGCGUUCCUGUACUUCCUCACCAACUUCGCCCUCAUGGCCCAUCACUGCCUGGGGUUUGUGCCCAAAAAGAGCCAAAAGGUCACAAGGACAUUAAUGAUCACCUAUGUGCCCACGGACAUCCAGGACCCGGAGAUGGUCAUCAAGCACUUCCACGAGGCCUAUCCAGGGUGCAUCGUGACCAGAGUCCACUUCUGCUAUGAUGUCAGGAACCUGAUCGACUUGGAUGAUCAGAGGCGCCAUGCCAUGCGGGGCCGGCUCUACUACACGGCCAAGGCCAAGAAGACUGGGAAAGUGAUGAUCAGGAUCCACCCCUGUGCCCGCCUGUGCUUCUGCAAGUGCUGGACCUGUUUCAAGGAGGUAGAUGCAGAGCAGUAUUACAGUGAGCUGGAGGAGCAGCUGACUGAUGAGUUCAAUGCCGAGCUCAACCGUGUGCGGCUGAAGCGUCUCGACCUGAUCUUUGUCACCUUCCAGGACACCAGGAUGGCGCAGCGCGUCCAGGAGGAUUACAAGUACAUCCAUUGUGGUGUGCACCCCCAGCAGUCCUCAGUGACCACCAUCGUCAAAUCCCACUACUGGAGGGUUGCUCAGGCCCCACACCCAAAAGACAUCAUCUGGAAACACCUGUCCAUCCGCCGCUUCAGUUGGUGGGCCCGCUUUAUUGCGAUCAACACCUUCCUCUUCUUCCUGUUCUUCUUUCUCACCACGCCUGCCAUCAUCAUCAACACCAUCGACAUGUACAACGUCACCCGCCCCAUCGAGAAACUGCAGAGCCCAGUCGUGACCCAGUUCUUCCCCUCCCUGUUGCUCUGGGCCUUCACAGUGAUAAUGCCUCUGAUGGUCUACUUCUCUGCCUUCCUGGAGGCCCACUGGACCAGAUCCAGUCAGAAUCUGAUCAUAGUGCACAAGUGCUACAUCUUUCUUGUGUUCAUGGUGGUCAUUCUGCCCUCCAUGGGACUGACCAGUUUGGACGUCUUUUUACGCUGGCUCUUUGACAUCUACUAUCUGGAGCAGGCGACCAUCAGGUUCCAGUGUGUGUUCCUGCCGGACAACGGCGCCUUCUUUGUCAACUACGUGAUCACCGCAGCUUUGAUCGGCACCGGCAUGGAGCUCAUGCGCCUGGGCUCGCUCUUCAUGUACAGCACCCGCCUCUUCUUUUCCCAGUCUGAGCCUGAGAGAGUCCACAUCCGGAAGAACCAGGCCAUAGAAUUCCAGUAUGGACGCGAGUACGCGUGGAUGAUGAAUGUCUUCACCGUGGUGAUGGCGUACAGCAUCACUUGCCCGAUCAUCGUCCCUUUUGGACUGCUCUACCUGUGCAUGAAGCACCUCACAGACCGCUACAACAUGUACUACUCCUAUGCGCCCACCAAACUGAACGAGCAGAUCCACAUGGCUGCGGUCUCCCAGGCCAUCUUUGCACCUCUCUUGGGUCUAUUCUGGAUGCUCUUCUUUUCCAUCCUUCGAGCAGGUUACCUCCACAGCAUCACCUUAUUCUCACUGUCUACCCUCGUAGCGUCCAUGAUAAUCACCUUUUUUGGCAUUUUUCUGGGGAAGCUGAGGACAUCCUCUGACUAUGAGCCGGAGGAGGAGACCCAGACGGUGUUCGACAUGGAGCCCAGCAGCACGUCCUCCACCCCCACCUCCCUCCUGUAUGUGGCCACCGUGCUGCAAGAGCCAGAGCUGAACCUGACCCCAGCCUCCUCUCCAGCCCGGCACACUUAUGGUACCAUGAACAGCCAGCCGGAAGAAGAAGAGGAGAGCACUUUGAGAGGCUUUGCAAGGGAGCUGGACUCGGCCCAGUUCCAGGAAGGGCUGGAAUUGGAGGGCCAGAGCCAGUACCACUGACCAGGACUCCAGGCAGGGGGAGGGGAGAGCCCGGCAAGGGGAGGUUAAAGGGCGGCCUGGGCCUCCCUGCUCCCUCCUGCAGACUUUGGGAAGCUCCCAACGGAGACAUCUGCUGCUCAGCCGUAGCCUCGUGGAGACCCAGCCUGCUGACCAGCUAGGAUGGAAGUGCCUAGCGGUGCCAAGGAACCCCGGGAUGGCAUGGAGACAGCAGACACCGUGUCUUGGUAAGGUGGCUGAAGCCCAAGACACAGAGACUGUGCGGGGUCAAGAUGGAGAAGGUGUGCAUAAGGAAGGAGGCAGGAGGAACCUCAUGGAACGCUUUUGGGGUCUCCAUCACCCUCUCUUCAGCCCUUUGAGCUGCUGCUACUCCGGUCCCCAGGGUUCCUUGCGGUCUGAGAGGCAAAGGUACGUGCUCUGGGCCUCAUUAACAAGUCACAGGUGACUGUCUCGAACCCAAGUUUUCCUGCAGGAAAACUGUAGAGGAGUCUCGCACCCUAGCCUCCAGGCAAGGGACAGCUAAGAAGUAACUGAGCCCCUGCCUCUGCCCUCACCUUAUGUCCCCAAGCGCAGCAAGGCAGAGGCCCUUCUCUCUCCUUAUAAGGGUGGCCAGGACCCAGACACUUGGGCUCAUUAACCCAGACCUGAGUUGUAGUGCAGGAACCAUGGCAAGUUCUUGCUGGUUGCUCAAGGUGGGACCUUGACAGAGGCAGCACUCAGGGUGGGGGGCCUCGCCCCAGAAGUCUGGUGGUGGGAAACCAGAUACACCUCCCAAGCCCCAUGGCUGAUGAAAAGAUCCCAAAGCUAAGGAGGGGGCCAUUAAGCUUCCCUUCACUCCCUGUCUGAGUGCUGGGCCUCAGCUCGGCCAGGGUAGGCAGUGGCUACGGGUAAGAAAACCCCGGCUUUGGACUGAAGUCUCUGACAGACCAUUCUCCUCCACCCAAGUAAGAACUUUCCUUGCCUCUCUAUAUCCUCACUAAGGGUCACCUAAGAGGCCUCCAGAGGUCCCUGCCUUCCCACAGUGACGUCAACCCAGUCCUGCUGGGAGUGCGGUGACCGGUGUGUUCCCUAGGGAGAAACUCUUCCUAGUGGGGCUGCCCUGGGAAGGCAGCCUCCACCUAAGGUCCGGAGAGGCUGAAUCUUGAACAGUACAGCUGAUUCUCAGCAGUGUGGCCAGGCAACCCCCACCACUGCCUCUUGGGAUAGGCUGCUGUCAGGACCCAGUGCAGCCUACCUAUGGAGAAAGCAAGUUGCAUGGAGUCUUCAAGCUCCUGAGCCUGCUGGAGCUGCAUCUCAGAGGUCUGGGUCACUCCCAGCCAUUGACUUGUGGCAGGUGGCUAGUGCCCCUCACUCAGAGUCUGCACCAUGUCCCAGGAACAGGUGGCUCUCAGGGCAGGCUACCUAGGCCCUGCCCUACUCCACCUUUGUCCACAUCCCAGCCCCAGCAGCUCCAUGCUGCACUCCAGCUGAGUAGUUGCUCAAAGGGCAUUUGGUGCCGUGCCCUCGGGGAUGGCUCAAACUUUGCCACAGGAAUUUUCCCAGAAAACUUGGAUCAAUUGGGAAGAAGCCUGGCUUCCAUUCCUGACCCAGCUUGGAAUAAGAGGGAAAUUACAUCCAGCCAAGCCCUUACACACCGGUUUCCAAGGGUCCUCUCCCCAUGGGAAUUAAGCAACAGAGGCAAGGGACCCUUUUGUAGCUCAAUGACUAGCCCAGCUCUGACCAAAGUGGGAAUGAAGGAGGCCAUGCCCAACACUGCAGGGUAAAUUUGGUAUGUAGGGGUUUGGCGGUGCUGCCAAAGGCUGGCCUGGGGCCUCUCCUUCCCUGAGCGCCACUCGCUGGCACCUGUCCCCAGUCCUGCUUAUUCCAUACCCUGCCCCCCAGAAGCCUGUGGUAGCUACAUAUGGAAAGGGUCCCACAGGCAACAUGGCAGGAUGGCUUGGUGCCUUUUCUCUGGGGCUGGGCCAAGCGUAGCCGGUUCUAGUGUGAAUAUUUGGGAAAGUGCCAGUCUCCACCUGCUUCUCUCCUCUUCCUGGAGGCCUAGGCUCACGGGCAAGGCCCUGCACAGCCAGCUGUACCUCAGUAUCCCCUGGUCACUGGGGAUGUGGGGGUCGUACUUUAGCUCCCCACAUUCACCCACAUCCAGGCCCUCCCAGGGCACCUCCCCACCUGCCUGUUCCCCUAGUUUACUCCUGUCUCCUUUUGGGCUCUGCCUACCACCACCCACCCUCCCUACCCCUUCUACCCUCUUGAUCCGAGGAGCUUAUAUGGCCUGGCCCCCCGGAGGGGCUUCCCCAGGUCCUGAACAGCCCUAGCCUUGCCUGCCUGUCCCUCAGCUGCCUCUGGAAGCAAAGUGCCUAUCAGCAGCAUUGCAUCCUCUGGGGCCCCUGGAGGGGUUGUGGACUAACAUUGGCCACCACCACUAAAGGAAUGUGCCAGAAUGCUGAACCUUCUUGUUAUCAGCGCUGUGACUGUGCCUUGAAUAAACAAGUCCUCCCAACCUCAGCCAGCCUGUGCCUCUGCAUCUGAAGCCGCCAGGCUCGGGUGCACACUUCACUGUGUAACUUUUUUUUUGCUGGGGCCAGAGCUGCCCUUUCUGGGUUCCUCUCAACCCCAAGGCCUCCCCUGGCCCUGUCCAGAUGGCAGAAGGCAAGCGUUGCCUGGCCUGCUGCAGAGGGGAGGUGCUGCUGUGCGGCAGGUGAGGACCUUCAGUGAGACCGCGAGUGACCUAGGCCAGGGCCUGGUGGAGGCCCAGAAAUAGUAGCAGAUGGGGCUUAGGGACAGGAAAGUCAAGGAGAGGGUGGGACGAGUCUCUGGGUUAGGAGCCCCAUAUUCCAGCUUUUACUCCAGCCAGCUGAGUGCUCCAGCACUGGUCAGCUCAUCCAGAAAGUAGGGGUAAUGAGGUAGAGCCGUAGCUCGGUGGUACAGCACUUUCCUGGCAUGCACGAGAGCCUGGGUUCAAUCCCCAGCAGCACAAAACAGAAAGAGGGUAGGGUGACAUGAGGGUGAUGCUCUGCCUUGUUACCAAAUGGAACGGAUUCCUCUGGGGUGGAGGACAGCUGUGUGUUAAGGAAGGAGAGGCCUCCUCCCCCACGGUCCCCCUGGAGGGACAGAGGAUGAGCCAGGGCAGCUGCUUGGGGACCACUGGACACCGCUACCCUUGCUCGGCCUUCCCUUUAAUCUUUCAUCAAGUUCCAUCAGUGGGGCAUGAGGACAGGGCCCAUCCUCCUGUGCCCUUGCCCCUCAGAACAAUUAUUUUCCGAGGCAAGCUGGAUGAGACCCACCAGGGCUGCUCAGGGGAGAGAGAGGUUGUAAGGUCCCCUUGCCUGGGCAGGAGGGGCACAGCCUACAGCCUGAGCCGGGUGGGCUUCUGGCUGCUACAGGAAAGGGGCCUCUCCCACGGUCCACAACUCAUCCCAAUAGCUGUCUCCUGGGGUCUUCUCCCAAAGGCCUGUAGACCCCAUCCGGGUCCCCCAGGUGGCAGGCGUUGGGCCAGUCCUUGGUUCAGCAGCAGGGACUUGGCUCAGGAAGAGACAGGCAUGAGAAGACAGACUGACAACAAAGCUGAAGCACCCAGGGUGGGUGGGGCAGGCUGACCCUCCCUCCACCCAGAGGGAAGGAGGGGCUGGAGCCUGCAAGUGUGCUGCCCUGCCGGGUGGGACCUGGGCAGGGCAAGGGGAGCUUGUGGCUCUGCAGGGCCUGGAUGCUGGCCACUCUCUGUGUCCAUGAGGAUCUUGGCAUGUCUGACCCAAGACACACAGGUCCCACCAGGCCUAGGAGGAAGCAGGAGGGUUGCUCCCUUGAGGCAGUUCCCAGCCCCCUCCCAAGGCCAUUGAGCUGGAGAGGCCUUCAGAAGCACCUCCUUGCUGUUCCAGCCUCAGGUUCCUAGGUCACUGUGUAGAAGGCCCAGGCUGGGCUGGGGUGUGGGAAGAAGCUCCUAGUUUGCCCAACUGAGCAUCUGACCGUCUUGACCUUGACAUCCUGCAGCCCAGCACCAUGCAAGCCUCAGCUUCUGGCGGUCCAUCCCAGCAGCAGAAGAGGCCCCCUGAGAAACCUCAACCCCUCUCAUUCUCAGACCCUAGCCCUGAAUAAGCUAAAGCUUCGGGAUGGUGUCUGGUCACCUCUAUUUACAGGUGACUGGUAUUCAAGGAGGAAAACAAUACCAGGCUCAGGUGUGACAGGGACUUCAAGGUGAGGCCUCAGCAUCUCUCCCAGCUCGCGCUCCUGAGUGACAAGUACCCAGCUUGGGUGAAGCUUCAGGUGUCGUGGUCUGUCACUGCAAGAUGUAUGUUUGGGCCAGAGAUCACACUCAGGCCCAGGGGCGCCUCUGCCUCCCUUGUCACCUUCGGCAACACUGUGAAGAAUCUUCUCUUGCUCCCUUCCAAACACAGAGCCCAAGAUAGCUUUCAUGACAGCCCGGUCAUUUCUGUGCCACUGAAGGCUCUGAGUGUGGUCAACAUGAAUCACAUGAUGAGAUGAGUGCUUUGAAGAAAGAACAAAGCAGCAUGAGGGCAGGGGAAUGACAGGCGGGUGUGGAUUCUCUGGAGGGUGCAGGAUGAGCUCCAUGGGGAUGAGAUACGGAGGAGUAGAGGGAGUGUGGGGAUAAACGUGAGACCCAAAGAACAGCCAGGCAAGCAGUGUGUAGAGCAUGGUGAGCAAGAGAAGGGACAAGGCAGGACUGAGGGCACCAGGACUUGUUAGGGUCCUUCAGGAUUCGGUCUUAUCCUUAUGAAAAGCUAUCGGAGGAUUCUGAGUACUAGGGUUACACCAUCCUCGUGUCGUUUUCAAAUUUUUAAGUUGUAAAAUACGUGUUAUGGUUUAGAUCUAAAACAGCCCCCAGUGGCUCAUGAGUUUGGAAGGUGACUGGAUUCUUGAGCAUUAUAUCUGACUUCUUAUUAGGAGUCAGGGUUUGGUCAGAAGAAGCAGACCACUGGGGUGUGACCUGGAAGGUAUAACUCCCUCCCGGAUCCUCCCUUCACAUUCUGCUUUCUGGCUGCCAUGAUGAGAGCAGUUUCUACUCCGCCAGGCCCCUCUGCCAUGCUCUCCUGCCUUGGAACCAGCCAACGAUGGACUAAAACCAUAAGCCAAAAUAAACUUGUCUUCCUUUAAUUUAUUGUUGUCAA